AUCAUAUAUUGCGGCGGGUGUUUAGAAGUCUCUUAUGCAAAGGCGUGUCUGUGCAGUGUGGACAAAACAAAAUAUGCUGUACGCUUCCUGAAACAGCACAUCUGCCGAAAUGUAAAUUUCUAAAGCCUGAGGCAGAGAUAAGAGUUUCAACCCAUAACCGAAGACCGCUCAGUUUAGUGGACUCCCAGUGUUGGCACGGUAUACUUGAAGUGAAAAAUGCCUCGUGUGGCUAAAAAACCCCGUAAUGCACGCACCACAAAAGAAGAAAUAGGCUCUCUCACUUUUCCUGUCAAAUUCUUGGAUCAGGACUACCAGGAAUUGCUCCAGAACUGCCUGGUCAAUAAGAAGAACUUUGUUGAUGAAAAGUUCCCUUCAGACCGCAGCUCUAUUGAUCCAUGGAAGAAGCUUGAAGAACUGAAUCAGGGCCGAAUCAAGUGGUUGAGACCAUCACAAAUAGUGAAAGACCCUCAGCUCAUUGUAAAGGGGGUCUCGCGGUUUGACUAUGCCCAAGGAGAAUUUUUAGGAAACUGCUGGUUUCUUGCUUCAGUUGGGGCGUUAACCUUUCAGACGGAUAUCUUGAACCAGGUCAUGCCAGCUGGCCAGUCAUUCAGUAAAAACUAUGCAGGGAUAUUUCACUUCAGAUUCUGGCAGUUUGGGAAAUGGAUUGAUGUUGUCAUUGAUGACCAACUGCCGACAAUUAACGGCAAGCUAAUUUUUGUUCUUUCAAAAACGUCAAAUGAGUUUUGGCCUGCCUUGCUGGAGAAAGCUUAUGCCAAGGUGUGCGGCUCUUAUGCUGACAUGCAUGCUGGUUUCGUGUCAGAGGCCCUCGUGGACUUCACUGGUGGGUUGCAUUUGUACUUGGAACUGAAAAGACCUCGCACUGAUCUGUGGGAACUGUUGGAUUGUGCAACCAAAGCAAAGGCCCUGAUGGGCUGUGGCACUCCUCAGGGGAAAACAUCUGCAAACACAGUAUUACCCAAUGGAAUAGUUCAGGGCCAUGCAUAUACAGUGACAGGGGUUUUUAAGGUAACAUGCCAAGGAAAACCAGUAAAGCUGGUGAGAGUCUUAAACCCAUGGGGAGAAGGUGAAUGGACCGGUAAUUGGAGUGACAGAUCCUCACUGUGGGACAAAGUGAGCGAAAAGGACAGAUCCAAGUGUUAUUCGCUGGCCAAUGAUGGGGAGUUCUGGAUGUCAGUGGAGGAUUUUACCAAAAGCUUUGAAGACCUUGAUAUUUGCUGCCUCCAUCCUGAUUUUCUGAGUGGUACCUCUGAAAGCAGCUGGACGUCCACUUGCUAUAAUGGCAGCUGGGAGGCUGGAACUACAGCUGGUGGAUGCAUCUAUAAUAGAGAUACUUUCUGGACAAACCCACAGUUUCGGGUGAAGAUUGAAGUGCUUGAUGAGGAAUGUGCUGGUGGGCAGUACCCUGAAAACAUACUGGUGUCCCUCAUGCAGAUCAGUGAAAAGAGAAACAGAAGUCUUGCUACUGAAUGCUCAAUUGGCUUCUCUGUUUUUGCGAUACCACCGGAGCUGAAAGAUCAAAUAGGAAAUUUCCCAGCCAAGUUCUUUUAUAACAGAAAGCCUGUAGCAGAUACUGGGAUCUUUGUCAAAGCAAGAGAAGUGAUGAGUUUCUUCCAACUUGUACCAGGGGAGUAUAUCAUCAUACCAUCCACUUACAAGCCUAAUGAAAGUGCAAAAUUCAUGCUGUCUGUUUACUCAAAAAUUGAAUCUCAUAAGAGAACUCGGAAACGUGUGAAAAAAGUUUAACUGAGGCAAAGUUUUGUGCUUUAUGCAGCAUUAAGAACCACCUACUUAGAGCCAUCCGACAUUUAAAGUUAUAUAAGUGAUUGUUUUUAUCAAUUUGGGUUAUCAGACUUUUUUAACCACAAUAAAGUGCAAUGUGAACUUUUGGCAAACUGGCAAUUUGACAUGUCCACUGUGAAACAUUACAAUUGAUUAAAUCCAGUGUUAUGCUGUUUAUAAACAACCUUAAUUGUAUUUUUAAUCCAGUGUUAGGUCAGAAAAGGGGUGAACCCAACCUGUUGGGUUGUAAUUGAACAUAAUCUCAGUUGUUUUAACCCAUUGUUGGGUCAUAUAUAAAAAAUUUCCUGGUAAAUUUUACCCAACAGCUGGGUUCGCCCCUUUUUGAACCAAAGCUGCGUUGAAAAUAACCCAGCCUUUAUUUUGUACUCUCCAAGAUCUUUAACCACUCAAAAUGUAUGCAAACCAAAUUGUGAUGGUUAUUUAUAUGAUUGUCUCCUUUUGUUAUAUUUUACUUGUAAUAUCUGCAUUUGUGUCAGUUGAUUUAAUUUCUGUUAAACUCAUGCUGAGGGUUUGUGUUUAGCCUGGGAGUGUAGUCAGUAGUUAACAUUUUUUAAUACAAUUUAAUUUUUUAUUGCAAUUUCAAUCAGCAUGUGCUAAAAAAGUAACUUGGAAAACUGUAUAAAUUAAUAAAAAUAUUUUGAC